AUGUAUGGAGCGGAGAGCGGACUGGACGAGUACACUCAUAGCUUUGCCCAAUCUGGAGUCCGCGAGGAGGUCGAAAAGGAAGCAGAUGCAGAAGCGGCCAAGACAUAUACAAACGGACGGCAUGUGUGGGUGCCGUUGGAGAGAGGGAGUAGAUCGCGAGGAUGCGAGGGAUCGAAGAACGGUUUUAGCGAGCAAGGCCAGGACAGCAUGCGCCGAGUGAGGUGUGGUUGA